CCUGUUCCGCGAGUCGACGGUCCCUGUUGUUGGCUGUUGCAACGAACUCGGGCCACUAGAUCAGGCAACCAACAGUUGAACUGCAAGGCAUAAAUUCCUCCUGGCCAAGUGUUCUCCCCCUGGCGAAAGGCCCGAAAGGAGGCGUGUGGACGGCCGGGUGGAUGCCGGCAUCUACCCUUUUCCAUCAACUGCCAGAUACGUCUUCGUAAAGGUAGUAGAGGUAGCCGGUGACGUUCGUAAACUGCCCACCUGGCUCACAGGCUCAUAGUUCAACAGCUCGUACGUUCGAUGUAGACAGGGGGUUCUUUUGCACGUCCGUCCUCCUAAAACUAAACUUCGGUUCAGCACUCGGAGGAUAAUAAAAAUCCGUUCCGUUUCACCGGUUCCCAAGUCUGAACUUGUGUGCGAGUACGUGUUGCGCGUGCAAUUUACUCCCUCCGUUUCAUUUUAGUUGUCGCUGAUAGUGCAAAAUUAAAUUAUUCAGCGACAACUAAAAAGAAACGGAGGGAGUAUAUGCUAGGCUAGCUAGGAGAAUAUAUAGGAUUCCACAUCUACAGGAGGGGAGUUGCGUAAGAAAGCUUGGAGACUAGAAAUCGUUCUUUCGUUUCGCUACGUCCAUUGCCUUUCUUCAUCAAGCAACAAACAAAAAAACAACAGGAGAACAGGCAAAGGCCUCCCUCCCUCAACUCAGGAAACCAUCCAACUUGUCGAUCGGCCUUGCUUGCCUUGGUACUCCUGCUUCCGCCAUGGUUCAGAUCAAAGAGUUCCGGAUCGUCAUGCCCAUGUCCAUGGAAGAGUACGAGAUAGGGCUGAGCUACACCAUCAUGAAGAUGGAGCAGCAGAACACCAACAGCAAGGAGGGCGUGGAGGUGCUGCAGCAGGCCCCGUUCCACGAGGAUGCCAAGCUUGGCAAGGGCCACUUCACUUCCAAAGUUUAUCAUCUGCAAAGCAAGAUUCCGUCAUGGAUGAAGGGCUUUGCACCUGCCAGCGCCCUCGCGGUGCACGAGGACUCGUGGUGUGCGUUUCCAAAGAGCAGAACAGUGAUCAAGUGCCCGCUCUUCAGCAAGUGCUCACUCACCAUUGACACUGUCACCAGGCCCGACAACGGUUGCUCUGAAAAUGCGCACGGUUUGAGCGGCGAGCAGUUAGCCGCGAGAGAAGUCGAGAUCAUCGACAUCGCUUCCGUGUCGCGGGACUACUGGAGCAAGGCGAUCGGCGCUCCGAGCGUCGACCUGACUGCCUUCAAGUCACAGCGGACAGAACGAGGCCCUCUUCUCAAGGGAUGGAUGGACUCGUGCCAUCCGGUGAUGACCACGUACAAGCUGGUGACCAUGGACGCUCCCAUAUGGGGCCUCGGCGAACGCCUGGAAGACUGCAUCAUUGCGGGGGAGAGGGCGUUGUUCUUGGCAUGCCACCGGCUGUGCUUCGCGUGGAUCGACGAGUGGUACGGCAUGACCGUGGAGCAGAUCCGCGAGAUGGAGCGGCAGACGGACAUGCUGCUCAAGAAGACGCUGAAGAAGGCCGGGAGCAAUAAGCACGAGGGCAACACGAAGACGCUCAAAGACGAGCUAGUGGCCGUGGGGAGCUAGUGGCCGUGGGGCAUCAAACAUGUCACAGAUUAGGCAUGUGCAAGUGUAAUGUGUCCACAAUUAACUGAAGAAAAUAUGCAUCGCUGUAUGUAUCUAUAUAGGAGUACAAUGAAGGCAGCCAUCUGUGGUUUGUCUUUAACCCCCUAAAACUAGCAAGCUAGCUCGUGCAAAUAGUAUUAUUUCACUGCUUCCUGCAUUCUAUUUCUAUCUUUUAUUAGGUGAGUGCCCGUGCGUUGCAACGGAACCGUAUAAUAACACAAUAACUUAUGUA